AUGGAGGUAGCGAAUGAGAAACAAGCUAUUCCAAUUGCUGAUUUAGGUGUCGAUCAACUUACUUAUUUUCAGCGACAACUUGACCAAGAAAUUGCAUUCCUCACCGAAUCCUUAAAAGAACUGAAGAUUUUCGAAUCGAAAUUUAUCGCAAGUGAAGAAUCAGUGAUGAAUGCAGCCAAAGUUCCUAGUGAUGGAGAAAUUUUGGUGCCAUUAACGGAGUCGAUGUAUAUUCCUGCAAAAAUAGCUGAUCCAAAGAAUCAUCUGAUUGAAAUUGGUACAGGAUAUUUCGUGGAGAUGAGCACUGAAAAAGCAGUGGAUUACUUUAGACGGAAGCAAGCAUUCUUAAAACAGCAGAUGGAAGUGAUAGAGGGAGUCUUACCCGAGAAAUAUCGAGCUAGAAAUGCCAUUGUUGACAAUUUGCAGAAGAAAAUAAAUGUAUAUUGUUCUCAGCGAAUUGAUGGACGCAAAUGUGAUGAAUUUCGAGAAGUGAAAGUUAUCGUUGGUUCUGAGCUUGGUAGUUGUCUUGUUAUGCUUGGAGAAACGAAAGUUUUGGCACAAGUGAGUUGUUCACUUGUGGAACCUUCAACUGUUAGAGGUAAUAUGGGCACGGUUGAAGUACAUGUAGAUAUGUCACCUAUGGCCUCUCCUGACUAUGAAGAUGGUCGUCUCGGUUCAAAAGGUCUUGAACUAAUGCGAAUCCUUGAAUUGUUAUAUCGUAACUCUGGUGUUAUUGACCUCGAAUCGCUGUGCUUAAGGACAUUUAAGCAGGUCUGGCAGAUACGAAUUGAUGUUCAUGUAUUGGCUUCAGAUGGGUCGUUAGUGGACUGUGCCUGUAUCGCAUCCUUAACUGCUCUUGCCCAUUUUCGAAGACCCGAUGUUUCUGUGCUUCCUGAUUCCAUCAUCAUUGCAAGCCACGGUAAUGACGAGAAAAUGCCGAUAUCGCUCAAUAUCUAUCACAUGCCGGUUUGUAUAACAUUUGGAAUCACUUCAGACGGCCAAAAUAUAAUUGAUCCGACUGAUAAAGAGGAACAAUGUCUAAGAGGGUCGCUUAUUGUGGCUACAAAUAAAAGGCAUGAAAUUUGUGCAUUGCAUCAGUCAGGAAAUUUCCUGCUUAGUGAGCAGUUGAUUGUGCAGUGUGUUGAUCGAGCAAUACAAAGAGCUGUUGAUGUAUCAGAGUUGAUAUAUUCGGUUAUAGCGGAUGAUAAUUUGAAAAGAUCGAAUCGACAGCAAAUAAAUGGAUUUAGCGAACUUAUAAGCUUAAAUGUGCUUACAUCACAUCACUGCGAACCCAAUGAACUUAUUGCUCCUGCAGUGAAAAUUGAUGCACUAGAAAGUAUUCCUAACAUAGAAGAAACCGUCACAGUUGGUGACAACCAGAUGCAAAUCGGUAGUGACAAUAAAACGGUAAGACAAAUGGAUGAUGAAGAUGUUAAGCUUAUGGAACAAGUCCAAAGUAUCGUAUCCUUAGAAGAAUCAAGGGGACAAGAAAAUGAGAAUUCACAAGAUCUGGAAGAGGUUGAUGAGCUUUUACAAGGCAUUGAAGAAGAAUUUGGAUUACGUGACUGA